CGCCUCCUGCCCGCGAGUACAAGAUGCUCCAGUCUUCCUUCUCAACACGGGCCGCUGGCGCCCCUUAUACCAGCUCGUUCCAGUCCUCUUCGAGUCGGGCCUUCCCACCUUCUGGUCGCGUAGUUCGAGUUUCACCUCUUGUCGGUUGCCGCCGGCCUCGGCGAGUUCCGCGCCUCUGCCUCCUUAAUCGACGACCAGCAGCUUCCCCAUUCUGCAGCCCCGCUUCGUCGGCGUCAUCAUGGCGGUCGGCGGACGGAGCCCCGGGUCGCAGGACCCUCCCGCGCUCACCAUCGUCACGUCGCUACUCCUCGCCUUCCUCUCUUCCUCCGCACCCGCGGCAGCAUCCUCGUCCACCGGCACGAUGCACAACAACAAUUGGGUCGUGCUCGUGUGCACCUCCCGCUUCUGGUGAGCCUUCUUCAUCCUGCUUGUUGUCUGUCCCUGCCUGGCUGCUAUGUUGUUGGUACAUUUGUCUAUCUCAAGAGCAAAACUUAGUUGAGCGACAUGUCUAUACUUGGCGCCUGAUGGGGCGGUAAUUAAUUCUGUCACACCAGCCCCCGCAUAACACUAGGUGCCAUCAUAGUGGAUUGUCCAAUGUUUUUCUGAGUCUGGGUGACGAGAAGGCGAAGACCAUGUUUAGGCUACUAUAAAGUUAGCGAGGACUUGUGAAUUGAUUAAAUUUCUUGACUCGAAGACUAUAUGGUACCAUGAGAGCUUUAUUGUCCACUUGCAUAUCUUGGUUGUACCUUCUCGGUUGCUGAAAAGAUCAUUGAGGCUUUGGUCUGAUCCACCCUUAUCUUGUGUGCUUCGAAGUAAUGAUGCAAUUUUUGUGAUGCCAUGAGUACUGUGUAUGCUGUUUUUUCCAUUUUCGUCACGUUGCAUUUGGAGCUGCUGAGGACCUCUCAGACAAAAUAUAUAGGCUGCUAUUGCAGUUCUCUGUCUUUAGCCUUCUCCUGCACUAAAGCUGUGAUGACUGUGUUGUGGGAUGCUACGACGUAUAAGAGUAACAAUGUCGUCAACGUAGGUGGGAUGAAGGCUCUUAACCUUGUGGUCGUGGGUUCGAGCCCCACGGUGGGCGCCAAAUGUUGGGACCGACUGACAUGUGGUCAGGUGGGCCCAAUCACUCGAGAAGGAGGGAACUCAGGUGCUCAACAAAACAGGCAGGUGAAUGGAUCCUCUAAGUACUGUUAUGCCCCCGGUUACCUGCUACACCCAGAAUAUUCCCCCUUACGGGGUCAUUACAGUGACGAGAAGUACAAUCUGAUUAGACAUACUAUGAAACCUACCAUGAGGAUGGCUUACAAAUCGGCCCAAAAGGAGAUAGAGCGCAGCCUAGGCCCCACCAUUGAACGGUGUGGCCUUCGCCCGUACGCGGCGCCCUUCACUCUGCGAAGUCGAGCCUUCGACCUCGCUAGGACUGUCGUCAUGCAGAACCGUACGAGCCAAUGGGGGUGCCUUCGCAAGGCUGCAAUGAGCCCACUUUUAAAUAGUGCGGCCCUUCGCUCCGAUGCCCCGGCAACUCCGGUCGAAGACAUCGAUACUGGUUGUGGUUGGAGUACCCUUCGCUUCCUGUACCUACGACAAAACCUCGUCUGAUUGAUGUUAAAGGUCUGACCGAGGGGGCGAUCGGCCUUUACUCCAACAAUGAGUAAGUUGUAUCUUGUUUUGGUCUAUUGGGCAGCAGUGUUAAUCUCGACACAAGAUCAUGGUACAACUUGUUGCAAACAUACACAAGCUCGAAAAACAUUUUUUUGUACAUGAUGGAACUCGUAGGUGACUAGAUCUAGUUGAACUCUUUUCGAUCCAUAUAGAG